AUGAUUUUGGAAGCGAUUUUGUCUGUAUUUGCUCGCCAUACUUGCACGCCUGAUUUUCGCUGCCUGAUUCCAGAAAAUGUGUCUUAAACUUCAGACGAGUACCGUGGAAUAAAUUGACAGACUGAUUGACCUCCUGUAGGAAAGGUUGGUCUUCACGAGUUGCUAGUUCUCACAGAAUGACCCAGGAGCAGUUGCUCUCGAGCCUGAAGAAGGAUGUGCGCUCCCUGCUCAUCUCAGCCAAGCAGGGCCUGACCCCAGAUCAGCUGAAGAGAGACUACAUCAACAUGCUGGGCCACCCCAUGCCCCUGAGGAUCCUUGGCUUCCGCAAUGUACUGGACAUGAUCCGCGAGAUGCCCGAUGUGGUGUAUGUUCUCUAUCUGGGAGAUGGCAGCAUAGUGUUGAAGGCGGUGGCUGAUGACGCCACCAGAGGCAUCGUGGAGUUGGUGGCUAAGCAGCGCAGUGCCAAGAAGGCCCCUGCUCAGCGUGGUGGUGUGGGCUUCUUCUCCCCACGCUACCAGCAUCACAACCCCAUGGUCCUGCCGCGGCGUGGCCACGCACCCCCGGCCCUGCCGGCUCAGCUCCGGGCCCAGCUCCACCAGCUGCUCUCCCAUGGGGCCGUGGGUCUAUCGGAGCUGGAGACAGCCUUCGCCCGCCGCUUUGGCUUCCCUUUACGUGUCAACAACUACGGCUUCUAUUCCAUCGCCGAGAUGCUGGCAGCGGCCGCCGACCUGGUGGCAGUCACACAAAGCAGGAUGGGCUCCCAGCUGUCCCUCAGGGGGGCAGUGGUGGCAUCGCGGAUGAGGACUGGACCCAUAAAGCCGUUAUUCCCAUUGAAGCAGACCAUCCAAACUGUUCCUAUCGUAAGGCAGAUGACCCAGACAAACUCAGUCCCAGUAGAAAGACACACUACAGAGUCCAGUACUCCGAAUCCAGUGUCCAGUACCCAGAAUCUUGUAGUACCAGCGCCACUCCCUGAGGCUGCAGUCCUUAACAGCCCAGAGGCGGACCAGGGCUCUCUGCCAAUGGAUUACACAACACCACAGCCAGAACCAGAACCCACGCAGGAUGGACAACUGUUUCAGAAGUGUGUCAUCAAGCUGGAGGAGGAGCUUAGGCAGCGUAUUCUGGAGAACGGGCAUGCGGGCACAGUCAGUCCAGAACUAAAGGCCAAGCUUCGCCAGGUUGUAGCCCAAAACAGUGAGGGACUAUCCGUCCACGAUCUCCCUGCAGAAUUCAAGAGGGUGUUUGGGGAGGAGCUGCCGGUGGUCCAGAGUGGCUUCCUGAGUACCACGGAGAUGGUGGGCGCCCUGAGCGACACGCUCUACCUGCGGCCCGUGGCGGGCGACGAGGGCAACCACUGGGUGGUCAUGGACAUCCAGAAUGCCCCUGGACACACAACGCUUCAACAACCAGGAACGGCGGAGCCCGACGGCCCCGAUGAGGGUGUCAAGGCUCUGAACCCGUCAGGUACGGGCUACUACUUCAGCUGUGGGGAGUCUCCCUGGGAGGGAGAGGGAGGCGAGACCAAGCCCAACUUGGAGGAAGACAUGGAGCUCCGCAUCACCACCAAGACCUUCUACCAGAUGGUGGAUAUGUACGGCUCGUUGCCGGUGCGUUGUCGGCAUGGGGCGGUGAUUCCCCCGGACGCCAUGCGGGGCCAGAGGCUGAGGGCCCCCACGUGCAGGGGCCCUCGGGAGCUGGUGGCCGUGCUGGUGGAGCAUGUGGAGUCACCCUCGAACUUCUACAUCCGCUUUGAUGAGAGCCAGGAGGCCCGCGCCCUGGAGAACAUGAUGAUUGAGAUGAGGAGCUGCUACACCUGUCCCGAGGUGUCGGAGCGUUACCGUCUGCCGGGGCGCUACGUGCGUACGGGCCAGGUGUGCUGCGUGGCGCCCCAGGGCAUCUGGUUCUACCGCGUGGUGGUUCACCGUGUACUCAACGACACCCAUGCAGAGGUCUACUACGUGGACUUUGGAGACCUUACCACUGUCCAGAGGAGCAGCCUCAACUUCCUCAAGUCUUGUUACUCAGAGCUCCCAGCACAAGCAGUCCCGUCAUCGCUGGCUGGAAUCAAGCCUUUCGGUGGCAGCUGGAGUGCCAACGCCAAGACCUCCUUCCAGAAGCUAUGUUGUGACCGUACCCUGGUGGCAGCCCUGCAUGGCUACCACGCCGACUUCCUGCAGCUCUUUCUGUGCGACACGCACACCGAGGAGGACGUGUACAUCCACAGCGCCCUGCAGGCCCAGGGCCAUGGGCUCUGCUGCGCCCCCGCCGUCAGCGCAGCGUUGUGUAACCAGUUCAACCCAGUGAGCCUCUAUCUGGGCGAAGGCGUGUUUGGCGUGGGAAUGGAAAUGGAGGACGAGGACCCCACCCUGGAGCCUUGCCACGAAGCCACCACCAUCACUUCCCAGCACAACAUCACCCAACCCCUGCCCAAGAGCUCCCCUUGCCCCACUCACACGACCCCUAACCUUGUGGGCGGGAACAAAACCAACAAAGAGGAAGUUCUGCCUGACCUCCCGGCACUGGAGUUCAUCGAGGUCACAGAGGUCAACUCCACAGCCCAGGGGGGCCUGAAUGCCAACCCGUUUGCAGCUCUGCAGACUAAGGACCCGCUGCUGCUGUGCUGUAGUGACUGGGACCAGGGCUGGACACCCAACGCCCCUGCCCCCACCCCAGAGGUGGUACAGCCCAAGGCAGACCUGGGUAACCAUGGAGACAAAGCUAAGGUGUUUCAGCCCCCCCCUCCUUCGCCUAGUGCCGGUGAGCUGAAGCAACCAUGCUAUGUAAAUGCAGGGGCGGUGCCCCCGGUGUCCCUCAUACCCGCGGUGCCCCCGGUGUCCCUCAUACCUGCUGUGCCCCCGGUGUCCCUCAUACCCGCGGUGCCCCCGGUGUCCCUCAUACCCGUGGUGCCCCCCCAGCCCUCCACUCUGAAAACCCUGAGCCUCCAUACCCCCGGAUUGACGCAGACCCAGAGUGCCCCAUACGGUACAUCCAUGUUCCCUCUAUUUGGGACAGGGGACAUGCUGCGUGUCACCUCGCCCUUUGCCCUGGGCCCGGCCGCCCGUCUGGCUACCGGCACGGGUUCCCACCUCCUCAACUGGUACCCUCACAAAAUGGCCUGAACACACACGCACACGCACACACACACAUACACUUCCUCAAUGCACAGCUGGUCAAACCAGCAUGAUCCUACUUUGUGCAGACAUGAUCCUUACCUGUUAGACUGUUAGCUACCUACAGUCAGUCCAUGAUCCUUACCUGUU